AUGAAAUGUCCAAGGUUAGUGGAAAGUCAGAAGCUGGAUUUCCAGCUGGGAGAGGCCCUGGCCAGGGAAACUCAGCUCUGGAAGGCAUUGGUCUUCAAGAAUGGCAAGAUUCAGGGUACAGAUAUUUCUCCCACAGAGCAUGAUGAGGUGGUUUUGUGGCUCUUGGAAUUGUGCUCCCGCUUUAAUUUUUACCCAGAAACCUUUGCUCUUGCAACCAGCAUUCUCAACAGACUUCUGGCAUCGGUCAAGGCACAGCUGAAAUAUCUUCGAUGUAUUGCCAUCACCUGCAUGAUCCUUGCUGCAAAAUCCAACGAGGAGGAUGAUGUGAUUCUGUCAAUCAAGGGCCUUGCAGUGCAGAGUGGAUACAACUGUUCUCCAGCUGAAAUUCUAAGAAUGGAGAGGAUCAUAUUAGACAAACUGCACUGGGACCUUUACAUUGCAACAGGGGUUGACUUCAUCAACAUUUUCCAUGCCAUGGUGAUGUCCAGCCGACCCCAUCUUCCAGACCUCCUAGUUCAGAAGAACCCUUCCCUCCACGCUGCGUUCUUGACCAGGCAGGUGCAGCACUGUAUGGCCUGCCACCAGCUGUCGCAGUUCAGAGGCUCCAUAUUGGCCUUGGCAAUGAUAACUUUGGAGCUGGAGAGGUUGGCUCCAGAUUGGUUCUCUGUUUUUACUGAUCUGCUAAAGAAAGCACAGAUUGAAAGUAUUGAAUUAAUCCGAUGCAAAGAACUGGUUGACCAUCAUCUAAGCAGCCUUGAAACGUUCCCACCAAUCGCUGUGUACAUUUUCCAUCCAGAGAAUCAAGACAUCAUGGUCCACCAGAUGUCUUUUCAUCCCAAUAAACAAGACCUUGACCAGCCAGAUAUCAGCAGUGCCGUGCUGCAUUCAGGGUGUCCAGUUCUCUCGAGUUGCCAGCCUGAAAAGGUACAAUUGAAUGGAAAAGCCAUGGAGGUUCAUGAGUCUUAUGGCUGA